CUCCUUCCCUCCCUUCGGUGGCCGCAGCCUCCUCCCCUCUCCGGCUUGCGUCCCCUUUCACCCCGUCCCUGCCCUGGACUCUGCAAACAUGAGGGUCUUGGCCUGCCUUAUCGCAGCUCUAAUGGGGAUCCAAGCUGUUGAGCGGCUGCGCCUGGCCGACGGCCCCCACGGGUGCGCCGGCCGCCUGGAGGUGUGGCACGGCGGGCGCUGGGGGACCGUGUGCGACGACGGCUGGGACCUGCGGGACGCCGCCGUGGCCUGCCGCGAGCUGGGCUGCGGGGGCGCGCUGGCCGCCCCCGGAGGCGCCUUCUUCGGGGAGGGCGCGGGCCCCGUGUGGCUGAGCGAGCUGGCCUGCCGGGGCCGCGAGGGCCAGCUGGGGCUCUGCCCCCACCGCGGCUGGAAGGCGCACAUCUGCUCCCACGAGGAGGACGCGGGCGUGGUCUGCGCAGCAGGGCCUGACCUGUCCCCCAUGUCCUCGGGGCUGAGCCUGAGGAGCCCUGCUUUAAGGAGUGAGGCAGGCAGCUGGGGGUGGGGAGCCAGGCCAGGGAGGCGAGGGAGGGGAUCAGGGCCAGUGCCACCGGGGCCUGCCCCGGGGGGCAGGGACGCUGCGGGCAGGCCACAGCCGGACUCCUGGCGAGUGACUGCCCAUCGCGGAGCCUUCUCGCCAGCGGACUCCAGGUGGGGCGCCCCGCGCCGGCCUCCGCGCAGUCUCCGCCUGUGUUCUCCCCUCCCCCCGCACCCAGGCCCGGCCCCCCGGCUGCGCCUGGCCGACGGCCCCCACGGGUGCGCCGGCCGCCUGGAGGUGUGGCACGGCGGGCGCUGGGGGACCGUGUGCGACGACGCCUGGGACCUGCGGGACGCCGCGGUGGCCUGCCGCGAGCUGGGCUGCGGGGGCGCGCUGGCCGCCCCCGGAGGCGCCUUCUUCGGGGAGGGCGCGGGCCCCAUCCUGCUGGACGACCUCCGGUGUCGGGGCAACGAGACGGCCUUGCGGUUCUGCCCGGCGCGGCCGUGGGGCCAGCACGACUGUCAUCACCGGGAGGACGCCGGCGCCGUGUGCGACGGGAUGCCCCUUGGGUACGUCCCUCCCACGGCCCCGGAAGCGCGGGACGCCAACCGCUCUGCGUCGCGGGAGGCGGAGUCCAGGGCCCCGCCCCCCGCGGCGAGCCAGGCCUCGGGGACCGCAGACGCCUCGCCGCCGCCCGCCUCUCCCACUGCGCCGCGGGAGCCCGGGCCCGAAGCCGGGUCCCCCCAGCUACGCCUGGUGGCAGGGCCCAGCAGGUGCUCGGGCCGGCUGGAGGUGUGGCACGGCGGGCGCUGGGGGACGGUGUGUGACGACGGCUGGGACCUGCGGGACGCCGCCGUGGUCUGCCGCGAGCUGGGCUGUGGCGGAGCUCGGCAGCCGGACCCUGCCACUGGCCGCUUCGGCUGGGGGGCCGGCCCCAUCUGGCUGGACGACGUGGGGUGCUUGGGGACCGAGGCUUCACUGUCUGACUGCCCCGCUGCACCCUGGGGGAAGCACAACUGUGCUCACAAUGAAGAUGUAGGAGUCACCUGCACUGGGACCCCCGGCCUGGACUCUAUCUCAGAUCCCUUCAGCUGGAGCUGGAUCCCUGGCCUGGGUAGAGACCCGGACGCCUGGCUCCCCAGGGAGCUGGCCACCAAACCCUCGGCGAGGCUGACCCCCAGCGUUCCCGAGAAGACCACCACCAGGGCCCCAGGGAAAAUGCCCAAGAGUACUAAGAAGUGGGUGACCAAAACCGCAAAGCGACCGACCACUCAGCCCCCCGUGAUGUCAGCCACCAAACAUUCCAGGGUCCUGGGCACCCAGAGGACCCCUGAACUGACCUCACGGACCACCACCACCCUGAGCACUGAGGUCCCCCACAGGAUGACCUCAAAUCCCACGGCAACACGGACUCCCCGGGCCCCCCGAGAACGGACCUCUAAGACGGUGGCCACAUCAACCACUCAAGGCCCCCGGGAGGUGACCUCUGAGGCCACUGCAGAGCGAAGCCCUCUGCCCCCCAGGGAGCCAUCGGCUGAGAUCCCAGCACGGGGUUCUCCAGAGUCACCCGCAGCCCCAGCCCCCUCACCCACUGGGAGCACCGCUGGGCGGUCAGGCCCGUUCCGCGUGCGUCUGGCCGAUGGGCCCAACCGGUGUGCUGGCCGGCUGGAAGUGUGGCAUGCUGGGCGCUGGGGGACAGUGUGCGAUGACGGCUGGGACCUGCGGGACAGUACCGUGGCCUGCUGGGAGCUGGGCUGUGGAAGGGUCCGGCACCGGGUGGGCAAAACCCACUACGGCCCCGGGACCGGCCCCAUCUGGCUGGAUGACGUGGGCUGCAAGGGAGUCGAGGCCUCGCUGAGUGACUGCCCUGCGGGGGCAUGGGGCCAGCACAACUGUGACCACGAGGAAGACGUGGGGCUCACCUGCACUGGCUACGCCGACGAGGAUGAUUAUCCCCCCUGGACGUGGGAUCCCACCUCGGGAGAGGACCUGGCCAAGGGGACCACCGCCGCAGGGGUGCCUGGACACACGCUCUCCCGGGGCGCCACCAGGAGCCCGGGGGGCCCCUCCCCAGCGACAAGGCGCCUUCCAGACACAGGUGAUGAGGAUGGUUAUGAUCCUUCCCGGACAUGGGGUACACCUUCCGCAGGGGCUCUGCCCAAGGGGACACCCGCCACUCUUACCACUGGCACCACCCAGGACCCAGGCCACCCCUCUCGAGCUCCAAGGAUCCAUGGAGAUACAGGUUCUGAGAGGAAACUGUGGCCGGAGCGUCGGCUGCAGCGCCCCACAGCGUCCCGGGCGCCCCCUGCUCCUUCCCCAGCUCCCUCCGCUUCACCGGUGACCUCGGUGACCUCUGACUCUGCGCCGUGGCUCAUUCCUGAGGCAGCUUCAACGCGGAAGGUGACCUCUGACCCUCCUGACACUUUGCCACCCAGCCCGGACCUGACCUCCCGGAUGAGUUCUGACCCCGCCUUGACAACCCCUGGCCUCGUUUUGUCCACCCCUGACGCCACGGUGAUUCCAGCAUCCACUGCGGAUCUCUCACCCACCCCACCACCCACCUUGCCCAAAGAGCUGACCUCUGACCCCUCUGCACCAGAGAUGGUGACCCACCUUCUUUCUACCUCAGGGUUGACUCCAGAAUCUGACACAAUCCCAAACGUGGACACAGCUCCAUACCCCAACUCAGUUUCAGAUCAUUCCAGAUCCCCAGAUCCCUCCACAAGCCCCUACCCCACUACCACCCCUCACUCUACCUUGACCUCUCACCCUUCCACUACCUCUCAAUACACUACCAUGCUUGACCCCACCACGACCCCUCACCCCACCACCACGACCCCUCACCCCACCACCACGACCCCUCACCCCACCACCACCCCUCAACCUAUUACACUCCCUCAACCCACCACAGUCCCUCAACCCACCACAGCCCCUCAACCCACCACAGCCCCUCACCCCACCACACCCCUUUACCUUACCACAACCCCUCAUCCCACCACAGCCCUUCACCCUACCACAACCCCUAACCCCACCACGACCCCUGAGUCCGCCACACCCCCUCAUUCUACCACCACUCAACCCACCACAACCCCUCACCCUAUCACAACCCGUUACCCUGCCACGACCCCUGACUCCACCACGACCCCUCACUCUACCGCUUCUACUCACCCCACCGUGACUGCUGACUCUACCUCAACCCCUAUGGUCAAUGUCAAGUCCAUUCUAACUUCCUUGGGAACAGAACUGUUCUCUCCCACUCCAGCGCCAGCAGUCAAGUCCAGCCUACACCCCUGGUUGACCUCCAUGGGGACCCCUCUUCUCUCUCAGAUGUCCAGCCUAGUGCCUUUUCCAGCCUCAGAGUCCAGCCACCCCAGGCCUUCUCCAGGCCCAAGCAUGGACACACUGUCCACUGAGGAUUUCAAACCACUGAGUAACCAGAGCCCCAAACCAACUCUACCACCCACACAGACCCCGCACUCAGCCUCUGACCCCACAGUGACCUCUGACCUCCACCUGUCUUCCAUGGCCCACCCCUUGGACCAACCUCCUCCUGACCAUCUCACGCUAAGGCCAACCCCUGGGCAGAGCCCAGACCCCCUUGGGCCAUGUGUGGCUCCAGCGCCACCUGUGAGGGUCAUGGCUUGCGAGCCGCCUGCCCUGGUCGAGCUGGUGGCUGCUGUGAGGGACGUGAGUGGCCAGCUGCAGAGGCUGACCCAGGCCCUGGAGCAGGACCGGCGGCAGCGCCAAGCCCUGGAACUGGGGCUGCCUCAGCUGCUGGAGGCCGCCCGGGGUCUGGGGCAGCUGGCUGAGGUUGUCAGGGGGCUGGCCGAGAGAGCCCGGCCCCCCAGCACCCCUGCGCCCACCACCACCCCCCCAGGAGAGGAAGAAAGGCCUCUGAGGGGAGAUGUGUGACCCUGUGUGGGGUUUGAGGGACUUAAGGUGCUCCCAACCAAAACAUGAAAACCAAAAUAUCUGAUUAAAAGCAAGAUCUCCAUGACA